UUUCAACAUCAUCUUUCUAUUAAAGCUUCUCCGAUGGCAUUCUCUUCCUGACUGUUCGGGGAGGUCAGGAUUGCCGGUGAGGCAGCAAUAGGCAUCCUCAGGCAUGGCCGGGCCAGGCUGGGGAGCCUUGAAGGCCGCGGUUACGUUGAGAGCUGUUAUUGGGUCUUUACACGUGGAGAAAACCGUCCGAUCAAAGUCACGGCCGACCCACCCCGUCUUCCAUCCAGGUUACGUUUCCCCCUUCUGCGCUAUUUCCUUUGCCUCUUCGCUCGUUGUCACCGCUUUCUGCGACUUCAAUUCCCUCGUGGUUCUUUUUGUGGUAUUCUGUCACUCCUUGAGGGUCCGCCGAACCGACGAUCCCCGUUACCCCCCGGGAGACGAUCGAACGCGAACAAAAAAAGAACAGUGUAGCCUGAUGAGCACGGCCCUACCGGGCACAUCCCAAAGCUUACAUUACCCUUACUACACCUCUGGUGGCCGUCAUCUCUUUCAUAUUUGCUCUCCAGUUUAAUAGGGUGCGGCUGCUUGGGUCCACUUGUCAGGAUAUCGAAAUACUGCCUGGUGCAUCGCCCCUGCACUACACGGACGCCCCCCGUCUUGCAUCGUG